GUCUCACUGCGCAGUUAUUCUCUUAUAAGCAGUUUUCGCGGUUGCGUACUCGCAUCUCACCCUUUGCUUUCCCCUUCGAAGUCCGGAAAAUUGUUGAAUCUCCUUUUUUUUUCUUUUACCCGUUUUUGCCUUCUUCCGCAGAAGCUGACUUUGUGUGUUUGUUUGUUUGUUUGUUUAUGUGUGUGAGUGUGUGUUCGUUCUGCAAUUUUUCGGUCGUUCGCGGUCUACGAGUAUUGCUAGCGCUUUUCAACUCCACUAUUCUCAGGUUCUUGGUAGGGUUGUAAUUCUUUUUUUUUUACCUCUAUUGUCUCUCUUUCGUGUACUUCUUACUAUUCCUCGUUAAGUUCUUUUCUUUUUGGUCGGGACAAUCUUUCGAAUCACAGCUUAUCAGUUUUGCUUGUAACGGUACGAUAUACUUAUUACCACCGAACAAAAAGAAAAACCCAACCGCUACAUCCUCAACCAUGUUCGAUCACCAGAACAAGAAAACCUUCCUCAAUGGCCGCAACAAGAAGCAGCCGAUUGUCCCCAUCAUCUCGCCCUCGCUGAUGGUGGCGGACCAGACGCGGCUGCUGGAGGAAACGCUGCACGUGCUGUCCCCUGAAGGUGGCUCCGUGGAGUGGAUCCACGUGGACAUUGUUGAUGGCCACUUCGCCCCGAAUUUCAGCUUCUGCCCCAAGACGGUGAGCGACCUGCGCCACCACCUGCCGCACGCCUUUCUCGAUGUGCACUUCAUCGCGAACAACCCAUCGAUGUGGGUGGAGCCGUUUGCAAAGGCAGGCGCGUCGAACUUCGCCUUCCACGUGGAGACCACCGAGGACCCCAUCGGUGUGUGCCGCCAGAUCCACCAGGCUGGCAUUAUGGCUGGUGUGGCCUUGUGCGUCGACACCCCGGUUGAGGCCCUCUUCCCCGUGCUAGACUCUGGCGAGGCGGAUGUGGCGCUCGUCAUGAUGGUGAAGAGCGGCUUUGCAGGGCAGAAUUUUCAACCGGAUGCGGUCGAGAAGGUGCGCGUGUUGCGCAAACGGUACCCCCACCUGACUAUACAGGUCGAUGGCUCCAUCACACUGGAGACCAUCAACUUGUGCGCAGAGGCGGGCGCAAACGCGAUUGUACCGGGCCGCGCCGUGUACAAGGCAAAAAACCGCCGCGAGAGCGUGCUGAAACUGCGCAGCACGAUACAGAAGUACAUCAACCAGCGUGCUCAGAGCCAUCUGUAAGAUGCUGCUCAUUUCUUUUUUCAAAUACUAGCCGAAAACAUGGAUUAGGUCCAGGGAAAUGACCGCUUUAAUUUAAAUAUUGACGAGGGCACGACUACUGUUUUUAUUUUGUCUCUCCUUUCCUCGAGAGAGGGGUUUUGUACAGGUAUAACAGUACGGGAAGGUAAAGAUAACACAGACGCGGCUCCGAGUCUACCCCACCAAGAACUGUGACUUCUUUUCUUUCCUUUCUCUCGCCCUCAUUUUUAUUAUUAUUAUAUUUUUGCUGCUGCCUUUCAAAGCGUUAGUUUGACAUUGUGCGCCAGUCUGAGGAGGCACGGCGACAGUGGGCGGAUUUGCGAUGUAACCGGAUCUGCUCAUUGAUCAGAAAAAGAACUGUAAAAUAUUUCCACUGUUAGAACUGUAAAAGAGAUAUGAAUAUGGUCGUUGAUCACAUUAUUUAGUGCAGAGAAACCAAGAUCGCAAAGCUCUGACGGUGUUGGGAUCCAUUGCACAAGUGAAACAUAUAUUUUUUUCCUUCUUCUUGCAUUUGGGUUCUUCCUUUGAGGCUAUUCUUUUCACGCCACAACCCACUUAUUGCAGCUAAAGUCACUCUCUAGUAUCGGUGAAGAGAGGCCGCUUUUUUUUUUCUCUCGCUUCUUUUCCAAAUUGAAG